GGAAGAUGUCCUUCAAGCAGCUGAUCGGCGGCUUAGAGGAAGUGGACCGCCAGCAGGGAGACGACGAGCACGUCAAAGCCAAGUGCCCGGCUGAGGACGACUUCUUCUCCGGCGUGACGCUCGACGACCUUGCCGUGGUCUGCACCUUGGGCAUGGGUGGCUUCAGCCGCGUGGAGCUGGUGCACCUCAAGAGAGACGCCGGGCGCUCCUUCGCCCUCAAAGUGUUGAAGAAGCGCCACAUUCUGGACACCAGGCAGCAGGAGCACAUCCUGUCGGAACGCCGCAUCAUGAUGGAAGUCAACAGCCCCUUCAUCAUCAGGUUGUACCGCACCUUCCGGGACCCCAAAUACUUGUAUAUGCUGCUAAAGGUUUGUCUUGGCGGAGAGCUGUGGACGCUCUUAAGAGACAGGUGGGUGUCGGGUCGGGAUGAGCACGUUGUCGCUGUGUGCGAAGGCACCGCCGGCCGCGUUCUUUGAAAGUAAAGGGAAAUGUGCUUUUGGGAGUUUGCAAACAUAUUUUAAGGUUGUGUUAAACUUAUAAUCAUAUUAAUAUCUAGUAUUGGAGUGCUCGUGUGGAUUGGUGGGGCCGAGGAAUGUGCAGGCAAACUGUAUGAACUUGUUUUCUCGGAAGUGUUGUGUAUAGUUCUAGACAGGGAGUACCGGACGAGAUAAUCUCAAGGUCGGUGAGCUACGAGAACAACGAGCAACUAUAUGAAACCAGACUUCGAGGGGAAAACCAAACCGUCUGACCUCAGCGACACCUGGACGGGGAGGAGAUGGCCAUCCACCAAUCAUCUCACAAUAUUUUGCAUGCUUUAAUAUUCAUAUUGUGUUUCUUUAAAACUGGGCAACCCGGAAGAAUGUGUCGUCUUUUGGUGGUCACAAAAACGCACGAGUUUUAGUGUGAGGGACCCGGGACCCAGGCCUGUAUUAGUGCGCUUUGUCAGGAAUAAAUAAUUGGUAAAUUUGG